GCAGCCUUACGCACGUCCCGGUUCAUUCUCGGGGCGGACUCAGCAGCGGAAGUGGCGCCGCAGCAAGAUCUCCUUCCGGUCCGGGGCGCUGCUGGUGCCGGGAAGCCGGGUAGCUACUGGGGCAGAAGAGUCGGGCCGGUGGCUGACAUGGAGCAGCUGUGCCACUGAGGCCCCACCCUUCCCGCCUUGAGGUGGGGGCCCGCCAGGAUGAAGAAACUGUCUGGGGAUUUGGCCAGCGACUUGGAGCGCAACCUGCCAGCCGUGGCCUCCCUGGGCUCGUCACUGUCCCACAGCCAGAGCCUCUCCUCGCACUUUCUCCUGCCACCUCCCGAGAAGCGCCAGACUAUCUCUGAUGUCCGCCGCACCUUCUGUCUCUUUGUUACCUUCGAUCUGCUCUUCAUCUCCCUGCUCUGGAUCAUUGAGCUGAAUACCAACACAGGUAUCCAGAAGAACCUGGAGCAGGAGAUCAUCCACUACAACUUUAAAACUUCCUUCUUUGACAUCUUUGUCCUGGCCUUCUUCCGCUUCUCGGGACUGCUCCUGGGCUACGCAGUGCUACGGCUCCGGCACUGGUGGGUGAUUGCGGUAACGACGCUGGUGUCCAGUGCCUUCCUCAUUGUCAAGGUCAUCCUCUCUGAGCUGCUCAGCAAAGGAGCAUUUGGCUACCUGCUCCCCAUCGUCUCCUUUGUCCUUGCCUGGUUGGAGACCUGGUUCCUUGACUUCAAAGUCCUACCACAGGAGGCGGAGGAGGAGCGAUGGUAUCUUGCUGCCCAGGCAGCUGUCGCCCGCGGACCCCUACUCUUCUCUGGAGCUCUGUCCGAGGGCCAGUUCUAUUCACCCCCAGAAUCCUUUGCAGGGUCUGACAAUGAAUCAGAUGAAGAAGUUGUUGGGAAGAAAAGCUUCUCUGCCCAGGAGCGGGAGUACAUCCACCAGGGUAAGGAGGCCAUGGCGGUGGUGGACCAGAUCUUGGCCCAGGAGGAGAACUGGAAGUUCGAAAAGAAUAAUGAAUAUGGGGACACUGUGUACACCAUCGAGAUUCCCUUUCACGGCAAGACAUUCAUCCUGAAGACCUUCCUGCCCUGCCCUGCGGAGCUGGUGUACCAGGAGGUGAUCCUGCAGCCUGAGAGGAUGGUUCUGUGGAACAAGACAGUGACCGCCUGUCAGAUCCUACAGAGAGUGGAGGACAACACCCUCGUCUCCUACGAUGUCUCUGCGGGGGCUGCAGGUGGUGUGGUCUCCCCUAGGGACUUUGUGAAUGUCCGACGCAUCGAGCGGCGCAGAGACCGAUACCUGUCAUCAGGCAUCGCGGCCACCCAUUGUGCCAAGCCCCCAACACACAAAUAUGUCAGGGGAGAGAAUGGUCCUGGGGGCUUCAUCGUGCUCAAGUCAGCCAGUAAUCCCCGUGUCUGCACCUUCAUCUGGAUUCUUAACACAGAUCUCAAGGGCCGUCUGCCCAGGUACCUCAUUCACCAGAGCCUCGCAGCCACCAUGUUUGAAUUUGCCUUUCACCUGCGGCAGCGCAUCAGAGAGCUGGGGGCCCGGGCGUAACCAUGCCCCAUCGCCACCCUGCAGGCCAGGGUCCUGUCGCCACAGCCUCCAGAGCCAGAGAGGGGCCAUGGGACUGCCCAUGGAGGACCUAGCCUCAGACAGUGGGAGAAAGAAGUUUCCUCCCAUGGCAGCCCCCUGGCCCCAAGCUACCACCCUCCACCAUGCUUUGCUGUGCCUGGGAGCCACAGCCUUGAGCAGGUUGUAGGGUGGAGCAUCUGGACGCCGGGGCCCGGCCAUGGAAGCGAGCGGGGUCUGUCCUGCUGCUGUUUACAUGAUGUCCCCGCCUCCUGGAGGAUCCUCUUUCCCCUGCCUAGCCACUGGCAGGGUCCGGAAUGGGAGCCUCAGACUUGGUGGGUGAGGGCUGAGUCCCUGGGCAAGAUGGAGGCCAGAGUAGCCUUGUCACCGGUGUUAAGGUACAGGAGCCCCUUCAUCUGCCUGCUGUGUCCGCACUUUUUUUUUUUUUUUUUUAGCAUUAUUUAAAGGGUCUGAGACCUUUUACCACAUGUACUUGUGGGGGAGCAGGUGGAAGGUAGGGAUGGUGGGUGCUGGCAGUGAACCUCUACCCCGCCCAGGUUCUCUCCCUUCCCCCAGGGCCUCCUUGGGGACCUUUGUAACUUGAGCCAAUUAAAAACAUGAACUCAAAAAAAAGCAACUCUCCCAGCCUGGCCUCUUGAGGGAAGAGGAGGAAAGCACCGUGCAGGUGGGUAAGGAAUAGCCUUUGCCGUGGCCAGAUACAUGACACACCAUCUUACACCCUGGAGCUAGUGGGGACCCAGUUCCUGGAACCCUCAUCCCAACCUCUCCACACUCACACAUGUUCCUGAAUGGUUCAACUGGGCAGAUGACUGGUCAGAGAAAAAUACUUCACCCACCCCCACCCCCCGCCCGCCGCCAGGCUUCCUGUGAGGGACGGUCAGGUUAAGGUCUCCAGUCCAGCAUUUGGGAGGAGGUAGGGGAGACCAGCAGCACCCACAGCAGGCCCUGGCUAUACCUGGGGUCCCAAGGCCAGUGGGGGGCAGGGGAACCUGGAAGUGGGGCCUGGGCUUCCUGGUUACUGAGGCACCUCUGAGAUCUCUGCCUCGGGCUUGGGCUUCGCUCACCUACCCACUCUGUCCUGCCAUACCCAACUAAGGGCAGCACACUCCCAGGCAAGGGCCAGGGUGCUGCCUUCUUCCUUCUCCGCCUGCAGGCUUCCAAAGGAGUUGACUUGCUGGUGUGUGACCCUGGGCAAACCUACAUCUUAGUCUCCAUUUCCUACUUUGUAAAAAUGGGAGACUCAUUACGUCACAAGGUUAUAAGAUUAAAAGGCACUAAGAAUCAGG